UAAAUAUAAAAUUCAGCCAGAAGAAACACUUUUCCAAAUAAUUUAUUUAACGUGAUACUCCAAAACCAGUAAUGUAUGUUAUAACAAAGUAAGUACUGAAAACUGUUUACUCCAGCUUCCAACUUCAAAUAAUUUUUUACAUUUAUUUCUAAGAUAUUUGUUUGUUUUCAAAUUUAAUUUUUAUGUUCUUUUUAAUCUGACAUAUAUUUUCCUGAUAUUCUAUUUAUUUAUUUGUUCCUUUAUUCUGCUAGCAGUUCAUUACUUGUUUCCAAUUACAGGCUAUGUUUCCAUGCAAACUUGAAUUGCUUCCUUAUUUCCUUAACCAUAGCAAUAUUUUGCUGUAUUUUAUUGAAUUUACGUUGCGUUUCAUUUUCUUAGUCAGUGGGAAAUAGUUUCAUUCUUGCUAAAUAAACAGCCUUUGAUGUGAUUUGACAAUAAAGAAGAUUUAAAAAGUAUAUUGCUACAUGUUAUCAGUUAUUUUAUCCUUUUUUAUUUUUGGUUACCAAUUUUGUGACAUUUUAAUUGUGAUUGGAUUUUAGUCACAGCAAAAGCCAUUAUGACGUGUUUCCGCAACGUCUUUAAAAGAGCGAAUGAGAUUUAUUUAGUCAAACAUCCAUCGUUUGGGGGAAUUUGCGUCAAAUAUCUAGAUCAUUAUCAUUUUUAUCAUUUUGUCUAUUAAUCUAACAUAAAAAUUUUACUCGUUAAAUCGUUUGUACAACUAUAAGGCGUUUUCCACCCCGCAUCUUUCAGCUGAAGAAGUGAAUAUCGAACGUACCCUCGUCAGUGCAGCGACGGUAUGUGCGUCUGCUGACUAGCGUCUGUACGUCCCGGAGGCCCGGGCGGGGAGGAGGAGAAAAGGGACGAUUCCAAACAACGAUGGGAGAAGUUUGUGAGAAGAUCUCAUGGCUUUCUGUAGUUUGGCGAUUAAGUAACGUUUUAAUGUCCGUGUUCUUUACUCUGGCUUCCUAUGUGCAGAUCAACGAUCCAGACGCAGGUUUAUGGAUGGUGGGUUAUGCAGUUCCUGCUGUCCUCUGUGGUUUUAUUGGCUUCAGACCUCAUGUCACAGAAACUUUGCCCUGGAGGCGCGUUGCUGAUCUCCACCUGAUGAUCUCCAGCGCAGCUAUCUUCAUGUUAGGAUGGAAACUUUACGCGGAGCGAGCGACGCAGAUCUUCCAGCAGGAGGAGGGCAGAGAAUUCUCUGGUCUUACGUUGACGGCUGCUUGGCUUCUUUUGUGUCGCCGCUCUGGAAGAGCUCCGGUCGGGAAGCUGCGCGUCUCCACAGCCGUGGCCAUCACAGUUUUCCCCAUUGUGGCUUGGCUUUACUACCACAUCAAUAAGGAGCUGCGGUCAGACUGGCCGGCUCACUGUAAAACUGCCAUUUAAAGCAGCUCCACCUGCCAUAACAUUCCUGUCUUUGUUUAAUGGAGAAAACCUUUGCCAAAGUACUGAUUUUUCUAGAUACAUACAUUAAAGCAAACAAAUGUUUCACUUAUUUGUGAUUACACCAAAAUUAUGUUUAUCUCAAGGUAACUUUUGUUGGAUGUUGUUUUUUUCAGAAUGUGUAAAUAACAAACCUGUAUACAGCAGUCUAUUUCUUUCCAUCUGCACUAUUUUCUUUUUACUCUGGGUGGCAGCAAAGAGCUCUGAGGGUUAAAAGUGAAGACUGAAGAAGAUUAAAUUAAUCAAUCAAUCAA